GUUGUAGAAAUUUGCACUUCUUCAGAUUUUUAAACAUGGAAGACCAUGAGGUAAAGCUUCACAAUGCAGCUUAUCUCUCAAAAGUUUUGGAGCUUGCAUCCAGUUUACCCUCUGACGUAACCAGGUCUCUUCUGGAGCAACAAGCUGUAUUACACAAGGAAAGCUAUGCAAGACAACACACAGGUGUGGGUGGAGAGGCUUCUGUGUGCCCAAAGUGUCAGAUGCCAUCCUCGGCAUCUCCUCUUACCCCAGCAGCCUUGCCCCAUACCUUACAUCCAUGCCCACGUCGUACCCAGUCCUCUUUAAGACGCAUCCAACACAAACAGAAAUCUGUUGCUUGUAAAAUAUCAGCCAAGGAAAAACGCUUAUUGCAGGCUUAUGAGAACUGUUGCAACCUCAGCAUUAUGAGGUGUGUUGUGUGUGGCCACAAGCGGCACACUCUGUGUGCUCUGCCCCACCGUCAACACCUCCUGGGAAUAAGAAAAGCUGUUAAUGAGAAGAAAUCAGCAGCGGCCAGGAAUACCGUCACUGCUGUCAGCAAGAUUAUUGUGCCUGACAUCGUGCCUGUGAGGAGAGUGCCUCACAGACCGCCAGAAGUGGACUGUGGUCUCAUUAUUUCUUCUGAGCUUAAACUUCAGCUGCAAGAACUCGAAAAACAAGUCGAAGGCUCUAAUAAAGACAAUCCAAAAAAGAGGAAAAAGAAGAAGAAGAAAGUCGAAACUAUCCCUGAUGGGUCAUCGAAGCAAGUUGAUGCGAUUUUGAAGAAUAAAGUUUCACAUGAAAUUAACUACUUGGCUACACCUGAAUCAAAUGUUUCUCCCAAAAAAAUGUUAGGUGGAAAAAGAAUGAGUGGAGCGAAUGGCCAGGCAGUUAACUGUACCCAGUCAAGCUCACUGCGUGUGCAAGCCAACAAUGGUAAGCAAGCCUCCAAAUUUACAACAGAUGCUUUGAAAAACGCUCUCAAGAAAUCAACUGCUCCACGACAAUCUUCACUAAAAUCGUUUCUUGAAACGCUCUUCUGAAGGUAGUUGUUCCAAUAGCGAUAUUCUCAUUUCUAGAUAUUUUCUACCUGAAAUAUACAGUUGUUAAUUGGUUU